AUGCGUUUCUCCGACACUCUCGUCCUCAUUGGCCUCUCCAGCCUCGCUGGUGCUCAUCCCAGUCGAAGGGCACCCAACCCUUCACCACUGAGCAAGCGCGGCCUCGACCUGGAAGCUUUCAAGCUUCCUCCCAUGGCUGAGUACGUCCCUCAGGAUGAAGUUCCUGAUGAUGUCAGUGCCAAGGUCGUCACCAAGCGAGCUGAUUACACCGAGACUGCCAAGGACUUGGUGAAGUCGACUUUCCCCAAGGCUACUUUCCGCAUGGUCACGGAUCAUUAUGUUGGUAGCAAUGGGAUUGCACAUGUGAAUUUCAAGCAGACUGUUAAUGGUAUUGAUGUUGACAAUGCUGAUUUCAACGUCAACAUUGGCGCCGAUGGUGAGGUCUUCUCCUACGGAAACAGCUUCUACGAGGGCAAGAUUCCCGGCCCUCUCGCCAAGCGUGACGAGAAGGACCCCGUCGAUGCUCUCAAGGACACCGUUGAAGUUCUCUCCCUUCCCGUCGAGGCUGAUAAGGCCAAGGCUGAGAAGAAGAGCAAGAACCACUACACCUUCACUGGUACCAAGGGUACCGUCAGCAAGCCUGAGGCCAAGCUCACUUACCUUGUUGAUGAGAACAAGGAGCUCAAGCUUACAUGGAGAGUUGAGACUGAUGUUGUUGAUAACUGGCUGUUGACGUAUGUCAACGCUGCCAAGACUGAUGAGGUUGUUGGUGUCGUCGACUACGUCAAUGAGGCGACAUACAAGGUUUACCCAUGGGGUGUCAAUGAUCCUGCCAAGGGAUCCCGCACCACUGUUGAGAACCCCUGGAAUCUCGAGGCCUCCGAGUUCACCUGGCUCAGCGACGGCUCAAACAACUACACCACCACCCGAGGCAACAAUGGAAUCGCCCAAGUUAAUCCGAGUGGAGGCUCAACCUAUCUGAAUAACUACCGUCCUGAUAGUCCUUCGCUGAAAUUUGAGUAUGACUACUCCACCAGCACCACUACACCUACCACCUACCGCGAUGCUUCCAUCGCCCAGCUUUUCUACACAGCCAACAAGUACCACGAUCUCCUCUAUCUUCUUGGCUUUACUGAACAGGCUGGCAACUUCCAGGUUAACAACAAUGGUCAGGGUGGUCAAGGAAACGACAUGGUUAUCCUCAACGCUCAGGACGGAAGCGGUACCAACAACGCCAACUUUGCUACACCCGCUGACGGUCAGCCCGGCCGUAUGAGGAUGUAUCUCUGGACGUACAGCACGCCCCAGCGCGACUGCAGUUUCGACGCUGGUGUUGUCAUCCACGAGUACACACACGGCUUGUCCAACCGUCUCACCGGCGGCCCUGCCAACUCCGGAUGUCUCCCCGGUGGUGAAUCCGGUGGUAUGGGUGAAGGCUGGGGUGACUUCAUGGCUACUGCCAUUCACACCCAGGCAAAGGAUACCCGCGCUAGCAACAAGGUCAUGGGUGACUGGGUCUACAACAAUCCAGCCGGUAUCCGAGCUUAUCCCUACAGCACAAGCCUGACCACUAACCCAUACACUUACAAGAGCGUUAACAGCCUCAGUGGAGUCCAUGCUAUUGGUACGUACUGGGCUACAGUGCUGUAUGAGGUUAUGUGGAACUUGAUCGACAAGCACGGGAAGAAUGAUGCGGAUGAACCCAAGUUCAACAACGGCGUUCCAACAGAUGGAAAAUAUCUUACUAUGAAGCUAGUAGUCGAUGGCAUGCAACCCUGCAACCCCAACAUGGUCCAAGCCCGAGACGCCAUCAUCGACGCCGACACCGCUCUUACCAAGGGAGCUAACAAGUGCGACAUCUGGAAGGCCUUUGCCAAGCGUGGUCUUGGAACGGGUGCCAAGUAUAGUGCUUCCAGCCGAACCGAGAGUUUCGCUCUUCCAUCUGGAUGUUAA